GCAGAGCAGCGGAGCUCAGGGUCUGUGCUGUGAUGGUUUGCUUUUAUAAUCCUGCAGAUUUACAGUUUGAAAAAGAUCUGCUCAUCAAUGAGUUCUGAAAAAUAAAAUAUGUGACAGAAGAAAACUGAAGAAAUAAGUUAAAGCAGCCAUGAAGGUCCAGAAUGGAUGGAGCUGCUCUGUGUUCUUUCUACUCUACAUGACACACGUCGCCUGGACACAGAAGUUUGAUGUCAUUGGACCUUCUACUGACAUUUUUGCUCUUCUUGGUGACGAUGUCACACUACCUGCCACACUUUCACCACCUCUCAAUGCUCAGGGGUUUGAGGUGAGGUGGGUUCAAAAUGAAUUGCAAUCUGUGAUACUUUUUUAUCAGAAUUUCCGAAUUAGACCUGAGCGUCACAUGCAAGCCUUUAAGGGGAGGACUGCACUUUUCCCAGAAGAACUCAUGAAUGGAAACGUGUCUCUGAGACUCCAGGAUGUCCGUGUUUCUGAUGGUGGUCUCUACAGGUGUUUGGUGGCCUCUGGACUAUGGAAUGAGGAGACUCACCUCACUCUGAAUGUUGAAGCUGUUGGCACUCAGCCUUCCAUUACCAUCAGCACUGCAGAAGACCAGCAGACCAGACUGGAGUGCAGCUCUGAGAAGUGGAGCUCUCGACCUGAAGUCACCUGGAGAGACAUGAAUGGAGUGGAUAUGACGUCACAGUCCACCUUAACACUACAAUGGGAUGAUGAGGGUCUCCUCAGGGUCAGCAGCGUCAUCCCCAUCAAGUGGGAGUUCAACGUGUUCUCCUGUCUGAUAAGAAGUAAUACGACCAGACCGGCCUAUCAGUCCAAAAUGGGGGUCUACGUUUUCUCUCCAAACGUCUCUGGCUGGUCAGUGAUCUUCUGGUUAUUGAUGGCUCUUUGUGUCACAGCAGCUGUGCUGCUCAUAUUGAAAUGGCGAAGAAUGAGAGAUAAAAAAGCAACAUACAAGACCAAAGCAGUUGACAUUCUCCCUGUCUGGAACUUGCGCAAAGAAAUUGAGAUGGCACAACAUCCAGCUUUGACUCUGAAGUUUUCUAAAGUUAUUAAUGGAUUCCCUCAUGAAGAUCUCCUCAAGAUCACGGAGUACUCCAAGCCUCAGCUGGCCUACGUUAUGAACUUUGAACUCAGCAACGUUCUGCAGCUCCUGGUCACCGAACGCAUCCUCACCAAUGAUGAGGCAAAGGGAGUCAAAGUCAAAGAAGAGUCUGAGGGGACACCAGGUGUGGAGUCCUUCAUUGGUGAUGUGAUGAAGAAGGACAAAGCAGGGCUGGUCAGCCUCUGGGGGGCGCUAGUUGAAGAAUUUGUGAGAUGUCCAUCACCAAAUGUGAAAGGAAUUCUGGAUGAGGUGAACAAGUGGGGACCGGACCGCUUGAAGGAGAUCCAGGCCAGCGCCCAGUCACCUCCCCUUGAGCCUCACAUUAAAGACCUCAAUGAGACACACAGAGUCACUGUGUCUGAAUCCACAAGACCUCUGUUUGAUCAGUGUCCAUUUGGAGACCCACUCACUAUUACGGUGGGCCUUGAGACUCAAUACACAGAGCUGAUGGUCAUCAAACAGGACAUUAAAGAUGAACUGGCAAAGACUGAUAAGAUUCAGGAAAGACUUGAGGAAGAGGGAGCAACAAAGAUCUGUGAGCGAAUCUGGACUGAGCAGCUGUUUAAGAGAAGACCAGAAAGUAAAACACCCCCUAAAAUCAUAGUGGUCAGUGGAGUGGCAGGCAUCGGGAAGACCACCAUGGUCCAGAAGAUCAUGUCUGACUGGAUAAGAGGCACUCAGUACCAGAGGUUUGUGUUUGUCUUCCUGUUUAAAUUCAGGGAGCUCAACCUCCUGGACAAUGAGCCACAGAUGUCUCUGACUGCACUGAUUGAAAGGCGCUAUAAACAUCUCACUCAUGACAAACUAAUAGAAAUCCUGAAGAAACCUGAAUCUCUGCUCUUCAUACUCGAUGGACUGGAGGAAUACAAACACAAACUGAACUUCACAUACACUCAGCUCUGCUUAGACCCAGAUGAUGACGUGCCUGUCCACAUCCUGGUCACCAGUCUGGUCAGUCAGACAUUACUGAAGGGCUGCUCAGUCCUGAUAACAAGCAGACCAGAGGCCCUGGGGUCUCUGGACAUGGAGAGAGUUGAUGGAUUUGUAGAAGUUGCAGGAUUCUUCCCUGAACAAAGACUGAUGUACUUUAAGAAGUUCUUUGGUGACACUGAUGUGGGCACCAAGGCUUUUCAGUGCAUGGAGGGUAACACCAUCUUGUACUCCAUGUGUGUCAGCCCCUCAUACUGCUGGAUUAUCUGCUCUGCACUGAAGAGCCACCUUAUGACACCUGAAGAAGAGCGAGGAGCUGCCCCCAGAACUGUCACUGAGAUCUUUGUGAUGUUCCUUCACAACAUCCUGACCAAGAGAAGAGAAGAAGAUGAGGACAAAAGAAGGAUUCUGAUCAGUCUGGGAAAGAUGGCUUAUUACGGGGUGGACAGCAGGACUCAUGUGUUUAAUGAGAAGCAGGAGAUGUCCACCUUUGGUCUGCAGCCAGUCCUGUCCUCUUCAUUCCUUUCUGACUUUCUGCACACACAAAGCACUCUGGAGCACAUGACGUACACCUUCUACCACAUCACCCUGCAGGAGUUCAUGGCCGCCUGCUCCUUCUACCUCGAUCCAUCAGGGGGUGUCGAGGAGCUGCUGAAGAAGCGAGACUCGUGUAAAGGGGGCCGAUUUGAGAUUGUCACUCGAUUCCUGGCAGGACUGGCUUGGUGUCCUGUGCUUAAAACAUGGAGGGAAUUCUGGGGGAGUUUGACGGGACAACCACACAGCGGAUACAGGAGUGGGUGAGGCAGAAAGCUAAACAGGCGCUACGAGGGGUAGAUAAAAGUGAAGCUCUGCGAGUUUGUCACUGGCUCUAUGAGACUCAGAAUGAGGAGGUGA